AUGAUUGCAAAGUCAGAGUUAGCUCGAAUGAUGUCUGAUGAAAAAUUUGGAAACUAUAAAGUGGAAGUUAGCCAGAGUGUACUAUCAACACCACUUCCAGCACGUAUUAUUUCUAAUAAUGUCAUCGGCGGCGGUAAGUUAAGAGCGUUAUUCCAAAAAAGCGAUUAUUUGUACAGCGGUCAGCCACUUGUCGUCCAUUAUUAUCUUCGGGCAUUUCAGAAACAUCACUUAAAGGCACAGCGAAAUCAACGCCUGAUAAGGCGCCAGCUGGAGAAAACAACAGUUCUCAGAACCUGGCAUCCAGCAAUAUAUCUAGCAUCGAUAGCUUGUACCGAGGAUUGUUUUCAUGUUUCAAGCCGAUGUGGACCUAUUUCGGGCUAUCCGCCGAGUCAUUGCAAGCAUUCCGCAAUCUUUUACUGA